AUGGCGAGCCCCUCUUGGCACAGCGAGAUCGCCCUGGGCCUGACGCAAUUUUAUACGAAGCUGACACAGGCUCCUUACCUGUCGCCCGACUCCAUCCAACACCCACCGCCUGAGGGAUGGAGUGACGAGGAAUUGGACGUGGAUGGCCUCCGAACCAUCCUGCGCCGCUCCGACGCCGUCGUGGACUUCCUCCGUCACCUCCCUUAUGUGAAACCGGUGGAAGAAAGAACGCAGACCGGACAAUCGUGCAUCUUCCCUAAGACCAAAGCCAUGCGCUACUUGCGAGACCACAGCUCGCUCCGGCAAAAAGACCUCGAGGGUCUGUACGAGUUGGUCAACCUCCCGCCAGACAUGGUCAGCUUGACGCACCCUGCCGGUGAAUACACACUCUACGGCCCCCAAUGGUGGCUCGUGGACUGCAAGACCGGUCGAAUCACCAGAUACGCAGGACCGCCCCGCGGCGAGGCGCUGGCGGAAGAGUUUGAGUCCGAGUGGAAAAAGGCGCCGACCUACGCCCCUUUCGACUUCUUCCAGGAGGUCAUUACGAUGUUGGGCAAGGAUUACUAUCCUGUUCCAGGCCUGGUUGAUGGCAUCGAGGCCGACUUCUGCACUCUUGAUCGCCGCGAGUGGACCAUGAUGUAUCAGAUUUACAUGCUGGCAGGGUGGCAACACGGCCGCGGUCCGGGGCCCUACUUUGAUCGCGAGAAAUGCGGCAAGGAUCUCGAGGCUUUUCUGAGGGACCAAAAUGAGCGUGAGUCCAGGAAACGGAAAGCAGAGAUGGCCCGUCACGAGCGACGGCCGUGUCCUACACAAGCGAAUGAUUCUGCCACGUACCCGGAAGGGUAUGACCGAGACGUGAUCGCCAAGGGUCUGACCCGAUACUACGAGACUCUCUCUCAGAUGGCCUACUUCCCUGCCUCUCUCAUCCAAUAUCCGCCCGGCGGGUGUUGGGGCGAUGACACUUUUCUUCCGGCGGACAAGAUAAAGCUACUGGGCUUCAACGAGCGUGUCGUCGACCUGCUGCGGCAUCUACCAUAUCUCGAUGUCGACGAGUCACACGAAGACAACUGUUGGUCCGUCAACGGCCGCAGCGAGCCCCAGCGUUAUCUCGAAGAUAACCCGAUGCUGAACAAGGAACUCUCUGCCGACAAGGCGACGUCAGAAAGCCUGUACGCCAACGGUCUCUUCCCCUUUCCAGAGAAGAUUCCUGACGGGUUGGUUCCGAUCGCAGGCCGUGAGGAUGGCGAGUGGUGGAUCAUUGAUACCAACGCCGGCACUGUGAUCAUCUAUGACCCCGACAACAAGCAAGUUGUGGAUGCCCCCGACGACAAGCCCUGGCUCUGGACGCGUCCGCGCCCCGCCGGCCCGUUCUUCGAUGCGCUCGUGAAUAGCUUGUAUUCUCUUGACUUGGUACCCUUGCCGCGGCCUGAUACAGACAUCGCCGAGUGCUACCCCGAGGUUUGGGGCGCGAUCCGGGAGGAUGAGGAGGAAGAUGACGAGGAUGAUCUAGAUCCUGAAGUUGAGGAAGCUCGUGAGAUAUACCGCGCGCAUGGCUGGCCGGACGUGGCUAAAUUCCGGCGCCAGGAAUGCUACGAUGCCUUGGUUGAGCACAGAACGAAUUUGCUGGAAGAUGGAGAGGGCGGUUACGGGCCUGUGUAG